AUGAACCAGAGCCCGCCCAAUACUCAGCCCAUAUCGGGUCCCCCCAUCCCUAGCAGCUCAUUCACUCCGUCAUCAUCGAGAGGAUCUUUGGCUGGAGGUCGCCAGAUCACCCGAAACCGCGCGAGUUACAGUUGUCACACGUGUCGGCGUCGGAAGGUCAAAUGUGAUAAGACACAUCCGAUAUGUGGAAACUGCGUGAAAAACAACACCGAGUGUAUAUAUGAUGUUUCGUCCCGAAAAGAUGAGGAAAAGCGCGAUGGCUCCUCUCAGAAUGUGUAUGGUGUUAAACGGCGAAGAAAGAUGCCCAGGACAUUGGAAGAGGAUGUCGAUGAGCUCCAGUCAAUUUAUGGACACUUGAGGCAGGUAGAGUCGACAGGUGAAAAGCCCGACUCAAGUGCCAUUGAAUCGCGACUCGACAAACUUAUGUCGAUGAUUGAGCGCCUCGGGGGGAACGAUCAAACCCUCGAGGACGUAGGAAUGCAGGCAACGGCCCCGGAUGCGAAAGUGGAACCCGCACAGUUGGAUGACCCACGACUGAGCAAUGGUCUGAACGGAAAAAAGUCACCGUCAAGAUCUACCAGCCCACGUCGCAUUGCUGCAGAGUCGAGCAGUGAUGAAUUCCCGAUCCCAUCUGGUCAGGCUACCGAUCUAGUAGACCCGGUUGGCAGUUUGAACUUAGGUCAUUUGAGUCUAGAGGAUGGUGGAAAGUCAAGAUAUGUCGGUACCACGUAUUGGGCUUAUAUUUCUGGCGAAAUCAAUGAGCUCAAUCAAUUACUGAGAGACCAAAAUAGCUCACAUGACCAGUCUAUUCCUGAAAAGAAUAACGAAGACAUAACAUAUUCGCAUGCCAAUGGUCAGCAGUCAUGGAGAGAAUCAAUAGGCAGCUCGACACCAUCAGUCACUCCUAGGUCUUGUUCCUUCCAACAAUCUAUAAUCUUCCCUUCGGGUGACUCUCCUUCAGUCAAUGAAAAGGUUGUGGAGCCAGAAAUGCUUGAUCACAUUCCGACGAGACGGCAAAGCCAUAUUCUUUACAAAGGAUACAUCUCCGGUGUACACGCCAUCAGUCCUAUCAUUCACCCUCCGACUGUCCUCAAGCUCUACAAUUCCUUCUGGGAUUGGUAUGACUGCAGCAGUUAUUCUGGAGAGCCGUGCCCAAAUCCAUCAUUUAUUCCAUUAUUGUACGCGAUAUGGUAUGGCGGUUCAGUGACGAUUUCGAUGCGAACAAUCAAAGCUGAAUUCAAUGUGUCGUCGCGCUCGGCCCUUUCGACAAUAUAUACUGAGGAAGUUACGAGAUGGCUUACGAAAAUAAAAUUUCCGCGUAGCCCUUCACUUCAGGGCCUCGCUGCUUAUCUCAUUGUACAAACAAUUGUCACGAAAGAGGAAGAGCCUUUAACGAGUAGUCUCUUUGUCAGUCUCGCAAUGAGGGUUGCGCAAACCAUGGGCUUACAUCGGGACCCAGCUAAGUUUGGCAUAGAGCCAUGUGAAGCUGAGUACCGGCGCCGAUUAUGGUGGCAUAUCAUGCAUAUGGACUGUGUGGUUGCGAUGUCAAGCGGUCUUCCUCCACUUGUCAGCGACGAGAAUUAUUGGGAUGUGUGCGAGACGAGCGAAAUUAAAGAUACGAUGCUAGGUAGCCCUGCUGCAGACUCCUACAUGAAACUAGUUAGUUCGCGGGAACGACUGCCCGAUAAUCCAGAUGAUCCUAAUAUUUGCGGCGGACCAUCAAUGGUCAACGUCUACUACCUCACCGCAAGAGGGAAAUACACCAUGGCUCGUGCUAUCCGCCGAAUAUUGAAAAUCCAACUUGGAACAAAGCCUGUCACAGGGCAGGACAUGGAGGAGCUCCGGUCCAUACUUCUUGACUUGCAGCUGAAGCUGAAUUCCAUUAUCAACAGGAUUCCAGAGGGACAAGAUAUUGAUAACCCGUCAACGGCAGGCCGAGUUCUUUCCACAUCCAAGUCUCCUGGUGGUGGCUCUUCCGACAUGGAGCUUCCAGGCGAAGGUUCCACUGGAUGCCCAGAACAGUAUCAUUCACCAGUGCUUGUUUGCUUCCAUAAAUGGGCGAAGAUCAUUCUUUCUUUGUAUAUUGACAAGGCCUUCUGCGUGGCCUACCAGCCUUUUCUAAAAAACGCUCGCAGCCGAAUUUGGCCAGCGGCACGCCAGAGUGCACUUCGCCAUUGCCAUGGUUUCAUGGAAAAAUUCAUCCAACUCGCAACGGAUCCUGAUUUCCAGCCCUUUCAUUGGAGCUGGCCUGGUAAUCAUCAACCAAUGCAUGCUACUAUGAUCAUGCUUAUCGAUCUAUAUGAGCGACCUUACAGCGCUGAAGCAUCCAAGUCCCGCGCGUUCAUCGACAGCAUACUCGCACUUUCUGGCCCAGACGGAGGUGUUGUAGGUGGUGAAGACGGUGUCUCAACACAACGACCAUUGAAGGAUGGUGGCCGUGAAGCCUGGGAUAUGAUCCGCCGCCUUCGCCAAAAGGCUUGGCAAAAGGCUGGCCUCAAUCCCCAAAUGCUCUGGACCGAACAAGACCAGAUCCAGGCCGGGGUUGCUUCGUCAGUUGACCCUCACGGGGAUUGUGGCUCCCCUUACUCGGGUCCCUCUCAGACCGAGUCUCCAGGUUCAGUACCGGCCGGCCAUCCCUCAGCGUACAACCCCCAACCCAGCGAUUUCGUCAAAACAUUACACGACAUCACCCGCUCCCACAAGUUCUCGAAUCCUGUCACUCCCGGUGCUACUAGAAGUCCCCUACGAUACCAAUACGAACCCCGGAAUAAACCCCUGCCCCCAGUCUCACAUUCCCAAUGCCAUCUUAACGCCGCCGAUAAUCCUAUAUCUCCCCGCAUUGACGCCUCCUCACCCAAUACAGACUCCUUGUUUGGUGCGCCUCCACCGAUAAAAUCUCCUGUAUCCACCGCCCCCACCCCACAUGUUACGCAUUCAGAUCCCAAUAUUGCUGCUUCUGGUAGCAUCUCUUCCAUGGAUCCUGCGUCUCUUAAUGUUUUACCCAUGGGGAUUCCUACGCCGCCAUCGAUGGUUGAUCCCAACGUCAACUUCGAUUGGGACCAGUGGGAUGCAGUGUUCGGGCAACAUCUGCCUGUUGCAGACGAUCUGAUGGAAUUGGAUCCUGUUGCCGGUCUUGAUUUCACCCAUGUUGGAACCGCCUCAACAUUUCAUGGUGCUAGUCCCGUCGACAUGCCUACUUCAUAUAGUAAUGGCCUUCCACUUCCAAACUCCUCUCCAGAAGGGAAGUUCCCGUCCUGGAAUCGAAACGAUUGA